AUGAGGGGGCCCUCCGCGGAGAAACUGAGUCAGGACUUCCAGGUCCAGGAGGAGGACAAGGAUGGGCCGCCGAGCUCGGGGGAAGACGCCGGGUCCCACCGGCCGGGAGCGCCUUCUUCUCGGAGCCCAACACAGCCCAAUCAGGGCGCGGGGGCUCGGAGCACCGUCCAAUCAGAGCCUGGGGCGGGCGCGCUCGCACCCGCGUGGACGUCGCCCUCGUCCGGCCGCGUCCCCGCGCGCACCUGCCCCGCGCGGCCCCAGGUGUCCCGCCCCCGUCGCUCUCACCUGCCGGGGCCGCGGGGAGGACGCCCGGAGAGUCCGGAGCCGGCGGAGAUGGACUUGGUGGUCUUUGAGGAUGUGGCUGUGGACUUCACCCCAGAGGAGUGGGCUUUGCUGGAUGGUGCUCAGAGGAACCUCUACAGAGAUGUGAUGCUGGAGACCUGCAGGAACCUGGCCUCAGUGGACUGUUUGUCUCAGAUCACAUGA